CUCUGCAGCUUUUGUCUGUCAGGCCGUGAUGUAACAGUUCCCAUCUUUUGUUCAGUCAGAAGACUAAUUUGUUGAUGUGAUGUUUGCUGGUGUCAAAAUAAUCAAAUGAUUAAAAUCAACUCACUACAGUUUGAUGUAUCAGAAGGACUAUUUGAAGAACCUGCAAAGGCAUCACUACAAAAUUAAAAGUACUAAGUCCUCACCUGUUUUCCCAGCUCCCGCCCCCAGUCCCAUAGCUCCCAAGACCCCGUUGAAGAAGGACAACGACACCUCGCUGGGUUUCCUGACGCAGAGGUUUACGGAGCUGCUGAGUCGCACCACUGAUGGGGUGUUGGACUUAAACAUAGUAGCCCGGGAGCUCUGCACCUCAAAGAGACGGGUCUAUGAUGUCACCAAUGUGCUGGAGGGGAUCAAACUCAUCAAAAAGAAGUCUAAAAACAUGGUGGAGUGGUUGGGCGGUGAAGUGAACGUACACAUGGAUGAGGAGCUGAGGGCUCUGGUUGAGGAGGAGAGGAGGCUGGAUGAGUUGAUCCAGAGCUGCACGCUGCAGGUUCAUCAGCUGUGUGAGAACCAGAGCAGUCAGAGAUUUGCCUAUUUGACUUAUGAGGAUGUCCAGAGGAUUCCCAGCUUGAAAGAACAGACUGUGAUUGUGAUCAAAGCCCCUGCAGAGACAACACUGGAGGUGCCACACCCUGAAGAGAGCCUCCAGGUCCACCUCAGAAGCACACAGGGGCCCAUUAAGGCCUUCCUCUGCACUAACGACCCAAUCCCUAUGGAGACCUCAGACAGCUCUGGGGCCAGUGGUGCCAAUGGCAGCCACUUUAACACAUCCGCCAAAGGGACCAACUCUGCCCUGCUCGUGCCUUACCCGGCCUUCGUCCAGGUGUCUGCUAAAGACAAAGCUAACUGUACUUCUGGAAUCAGUCGUACCUUCAACCCGCCGUCCGAGCCGACACAACACACGACACACGACAUGCACACCUCCCUCCAGCCCUCCUCUGAGGAGCAACAGAGCUUUGUCACGCUCACUCCACCUCUAGCGUGCUCUGUCGACGGGGAGCAGCACCUGGUGAACCUGGCGGAGGAUCAGGGCAUCACUGACCUCUUCUCCUCUGUCGACCUGGACCAGUCGCACCUUCUCUGAACAGCUGUUAUCAGACAUUUUGGGCGCAGUUUCCAUCUCCUCACCAACGAGGAUAUCAAGAGGAUACAAUUAAUUAACUAAGUGCUGAACUAAAUGUGAACUUUUUUAGUUUUAUAUAUACAUUUGCCAAUCCUGGAGGAUGUGACUGGGAUUUACUGACACUCAGGUAUGUGGUGGCCUGGAAUCUUUUCACGGCUUCCUGGCUGUCUCUAGGACUUGGACUGACAUGCAUGCUGUUAUAAAAAAACACAGCUUUUGUUUGUUAGAUUGUUGGGUUUGGGAUGUAGGAGGUGGGGCUGUAUGAGGUACCUAUUUACAGUCAAUAUAUUACCUCGAUGCACCGUCAGUUUGGAUAACAGGCAGAAGUCCCAGCAGGGAAGCUCAGCAUUACAUUGCUAUGGACAGAGGUCGACAUCAGAAUGUAUUUUCCAAAACACUGGUUGGUGCUGGAGGUUUCUGUGAAGUGCUGUAAAGUUUAGUUGAUUCAAAACACACAUUAAACACACAUUAAACAUGUC